UUUCAGUUUUCACCAUUUUGCUCUGCGGUUGUGAAUUAUCCAUUUCUCAUAAGCAAUAUGUGUGUAUUAUUUUGUUCAUUUGUGGUAAUAAAUAAUUUCAAGGAUUUUGGGAGCGUAAGAGUUACAGGUGAUCUGAGAAAUGGAACCCGAGAAAGAUGAAGAGAAGGGCGGCAAAGGGCCAUGGCCGCCGGAGGAGCCAGUAAGCAAAAGCUGGGUUUUGAGGUACAACUCGCCGGUGGUUCAGGUUUCCUUGAUUGGGCUGGUCUGUUUUUGCUGUCCGGGAAUGUUCAGCGCGCUCGUGUCAAUGGGCGGUGGCGGACAGGUGGACACCACCGCCGUCAACAACGCCAACACCGCCCUCUACACCACCUUCGCCGUCUUCGGGAUCCUAGGCGGCGGAAUCUACAACAUCUUGGGGCCGCGAGCCACCCUCUCCGCCGGCUGCUCCACCUACGUCCUCUACGCCGGCUCUUUCCUCUACUACAACCAUCACAAGCACCAGGCCUUCGCCGUCGUCGCCGGCGCUCUCCUCGGCGUCGGAGCCGGCCUAUUGUGGGCGGCCCAGGGGGCUAUAAUGACCUCGUACCCACCCCACGGCCGGAAAGGAAUCUACAUCUCCUUGUUCUGGAACAUAUUCAGCCUCGGCGGCGUCACCGGAGGACUCAUCCCUUUCUUAUCGAACUUCCGUCGAAACGACGCCGCUUCAGUGAACGACGGGACUUACAUCGGAUUCAUGGCCUUCAUGUCCGCCGGAACUCUCCUGUCUCUGGCGAUCCUUCACCCCAGCCGCGUAAUCCGGGACGACGGCACAAAGUGUACGAACAUCAGAUUCUCCAGCGUGGCAGUGGAAUCCCGGGAGAUUCUCCGGCUGUUCUUGAAGUGGGAGAUGAUUCUGCUCCUCCCUGCUUCAUGGGCCAGCAAUUUCUUCUACACGUACCAGUUCAACAACGUGAAUGGGGUUCUGUUCAACCUGAGAACGCGGGGUUUGAACACUGUGUUCUACUUUGCCGCGCAGAUGAUCGGGUCAGUUUUGAUUGGUUUGGUGAUGGAUUCGAGCUUCAAGAGGCGGAGAACCAGAGGGGUGGUCGGGAUUGCCACUGUCGCCGCCGUGGGGACGGCGAUUUGGGGCGGAGGGCUAGCCAAACAGCUUGAUUACAGCCGGGAACACCCGCCGGAACACAGGCUGGAUUUCAAGGAUGGGGUGGAGUUUGCAGGGCCAUUUGUGUUGUAUUUCAGCUAUGGCUUGCUUGAUUCCAUGUUCCAAAGCAUGGUCUAUUGGGUCAUCGGAGCCUUAGCAGAUGAUUCCGAAAUCCUUAGCAGGUAUGCUGGAUUCUACAAAGGUGUGCAGAGUGCAGGGGCAGCAGUGGCCUGGGAAGUGGAUACAAAGAAGGUAUCAUUCCUUAACCAAUUCAUAGCAAAUUGGGCACUAACUACCAUAAGCUAUCCCCUUCUGGUGAUUCUUGUAUUGUUAGCUGUUAAGGAUGAUGACGAUGACGACAAAGCUGAGGACAAUAAAUAUACUCAAUUUACUGCAUCAUAGUUCAGUAGUUAAGUUACGUUACGUUGUUGCAUGGCUGGCUCCAACAACAUAGGAGUUUCAGAGUUACUUAAAAACAUGAUAAUGAUCAUUCAUGGUUCAUGUGUUCUGUUAA